CCAGCUGCCCCCGCACCGCCCCCAACGCCAGCCGCCCGCCGCCGGCCUGUCCAAGAUGGAGGGCGCUCCGCGGGCGCCGCUCGCCCUCCGACUGAUCAUCGUCGCGGCGCUGCCAGUCACCGGCUGGCUGACGACGGGCACCUUUGAGCCGACGCUGUUGCCCCGAGCCCCGAAGGACAGCAUCAGAAUUAAUGUAACUACCCUGAAAGAUGAUGGGGAGGUAUCUAAAGAACAGGUUGUUCUUAACAUAACCUAUGAGAGUGGACAGGUAUAUGUAAAUGACUUCCCUGUAAAUAGUGGUGUAACCCGAAUAAGCUGUCAGACUUUGAUAGUGAAGAAUGAAAAUUUGGAAAAUUUGGAGGAAAAAGGAUAUUCUGGAAUUGUCAGUGUAAGGAUUUUAGUUCAUGAGUGGCCUAUGACAUCUGGUUCCAGUUUGCAACUAAUUGUCGUUCAAGAAGAGGUAGUAGAGAUUGAUGGAAAACAAGCUCAACAGAAGGACGUUACUGAAAUAGAUAUUUUAGUUAAGAAUCAGGGAAUACUCAGACGUUCAAACUACACCCUGCCUUUGGAAGAAAGCAUGCUGUACUCGAUUUCCCGAGACAGUGACAUUUUAUUUACCCUUCCCAACCUCUCCAAAAAAGGAGAAAGUGUUAGUUCAUUGCAGACCACCAGCCAGUAUCUUAUCAGGAAUGUGGAAACCACUGUAAAUGAAGACGCUUUACCUGGCAAAUUACCUGAAACUCCUCUCAGAGCAGAGCCUCCGUCUUCGUAUAAGGUCCGUAAAGUGAUGCCUUUCUCGUCAGGUUGUUGUGAGGACCGAAAUAAGAUGGGUGCAAAUGUGAUGUGUCAGUGGAUGGAAAAGUUCAGAAAAGAUCUGUGCAGGUUCUGGUGUAGUGUUUUCCCAGUAUUCUUUAUGUUUUUGAAUGUCAUGGUGGUUGGAAUUAUAGGAGCAGUUAUAGUAAUAACCAUCUUAAAGGUGCUUUUCCCAGUUUGUGAAUACAAAGGAAUUCUUCAGUUGGAUAAAGUGAAUGUUAUGCCUGUGACAGCUGUCAACUUAUAUCCAGAUGGUACUGAGAAAACAGCAGAAAACCCUGAAGAUAAAACAUGUGUUUAAUACACCAUCUCAAAUCAUGGACUCAGAAUUAGUCUAUUGGUUCAAAUUUGCCACUCGAAUAUAAUUUUCUUUAAAUCGUUAGGAAUCAGUUUGUACAGUAAAGAAAUUGCUAAACUCCUAUAACUGCCUAAAACUUGACCUUUAAAGUGAUAGUUGAAGUUCACCUUAUUAAUGGGGCUGGCUGUUCAGAUGGUGAGUUAUUAAAGAAAAUUUAAGUGAAAUGGAAGAGAAGAUGUGAAGAAACUUUGAAACUACCAAAAAAAAAAAAAAAAAAGGCAAGACAAAAUGCCAUGUGCCAAUACUUUUCAAGGUGCCUUUGUUAAUGAAAUUAUAUACACUUAAUUGCUAUAAUAUAUAAGACUUUAUGAAAAGCACUUUAUGAAAUUCUAAUUUAAAAGCUCAAGAACUUAACACUUAUUUUUUUAUUGAGUACAAUGUGCCUUAAUAUUAAGUAUGUGACUCAGUAUAAAAUCACUGAAGUAUAUCAUGAUUUAAUUGUAUCCUGUACCAAGACUACUUACCUUGAAUGAACCAGGAUUUUAAAAUAGUGACAUGUUCUCACUCUAAAAAUAAAUUUUUUUGAAGAAAAAAGUACAAUCUUUUUGGAAUAAAAAUUUUCCUCACGUG